CGUGGACUUGACAAGCUGCUUUCUUCUGCUGUCAGUAACAAGCCUUUUACCAUGGGUGAUUCUGCUCUAGCUACAGGUAUAUAUACGAAUGGGAAUGACAUGACGAAUUCUGAUGCAGACCAAUCAGCAUGUUCCCCUUCACGUGUUCUUCAUCUUCGUCAUAUUCCAAGGGAAGUCACUGAAGUAGACAUAAUUUCACUAGGCCUCCCGUUUGGCAAAGUAACCAACCUCUUGAUGCUAAAAGAAAAAGGUCAGGCAUUUUUGGAAAUGUAUUCUGAGGAAGCCGCUGCUAAUCUGAUAAGCUACUAUAGUUCUUGUGCACCUCAGCUCCAAGGUCAGUCUGUUUACAUUCAGUAUUCCAAUCACAGAGAACUUAAGACUGACGCUCUACCUAAUCAAACUAAUGCCCAAGCCACAUUGCAAGCUAUGAAUGCUAUUCAGUCUGGAAAUCCGCCUGUUACAAGUGGUCUUGGCGCUGAAGGUGGGCUCCCUUCAGGUCAAGGUUCUGUUCUUCGAAUCAUUGUUCAAAAUCCUGUGUACCCUGUCACUGUAGAUGUGCUGUAUCAGGUUUUCUCUAGAUUUGGAACUGUCUUGAAGAUUGUCAUAUUUACUAAGAACAGUCUAUUGCAAGCUUUGCUCCAGUAUUCUGAUCCAGUUAAUGCAUUUUAUGCCAAAAUGACUCUGGAUGGCCAAAGUGUCUACACUGGAUGCUGCACUCUGCGUAUUGAUUUCUCCAAGUUCACUAGCCUUAACAUAUCGUACAACACUGAGAGAAGCAGAGAUUUUACUCGCCUGGACCUUCCUUGUGCAAUGAGCCAACCAGCCCUGGAGCUACCCACAACUUCUGCUGUUGGAAUCCAAAAUGUGGUCCACCCAUCAUAUGCAGGGGCUCCUGUGUAUACCUCAGGCAUGGGGUUUCUUCAAGGUGCUGGUCCUUCAGUUCCAGCUUUUCCUGGAGCAGUUGGUCCUCUUGCAGUCCCCACAUCUGCAGUGUCUGGACAGAUUACUAUUCCUGGCCUUCCUUCUGCUUCAGGAAAUUCUGUGUUAUUUGUCAGCAACCUCAAUGCUGAGGCCAUCUCACCAUAUGGACUUUUCAUCCUGUUUGGGGUGUAUGGUGAUGUGCAUCGUGUGAAGAUCAUGUUUAAGAAAAGAGACCAUGCUUUGGUCCAGAUGGCAGAUUCAACCCAGGCACACCUAGCUCUCAGCUACCUGAAUGGACAGAGGCUUUAUGGAAAGAUACUCCGUGCUACUUUUUCAAAACAUAGCACAGUUCAACUUCCUCGUGUGGGAUACGAUGAUGAAGGUUUGACACAGGACUAUAGCAAUAGCAUUUUACAUCGCUAUAAGAAGCCUGGCUCUAAGAACUUUAGAAACAUCUUUCCUCCAUCUGCUACCCUGCAUCUCUCCAAUGUUUCGCCUUUUGCUACUGUUGAUGAUUUGAAGAAUCUUUUUGAAAGUGUUGGAUCAACUGUGAAAGCCUUCAAAUUCUUCCACAAAGACACCAGAAUGGCUCUUAUCCGGCUGGACUCUGUGGAAGAAGCAAUUCAUGCUCUCAUUGAGCUUCACAAUCAUGACCUUGGAGGAAACCAUCACCUCCGAAUUUCCUUCUCAAAAUGUACAAUCUGA